GUGCACCCAUGGUAGCACCCAUGUGGUGUCACCCCCACAGUAGCAUGGUCCAAAAAAAUCACCAAAAAACGGCACUUGUGGGCUCGGAGGGAGUAUACCUUGCUGAGCAGGAGACGAGUGGCGUCGUUUGACUCUGCUCUCCGCUGAGACUAUUAGCCAUGUCGGUCUCUCUCUUAUCUCCUUCCACAUCUCUUCCUGCCUUCACCAGCUCCUUAUUUUCAUCUUCAACCUACGCCACCGGAAACACCACGAAGCUGUUGCAGAAGAGGAGAAGAGUAUUCACCUUCGUCCCAAAAGCUUCCGACAAGGAUGGCGACGGAAAGCCGGCGUUGAACCCCUUCGGUUUCGUCACUGACAAUCCGUCAAGCCGGAGCGCCAUCCAGCUUCCUCAGUCCCCUGCGGAGGACGGAAACGUCGGCCAAGUGCUAUCUAGGACAGAAAAUUUGGGAAGAGAGUACGGAUCAUACGUGGAAUCUGGCGGAUUCAGGUGGUUUGUCAGAGAAACAGGAUCCCCUGGAAGCAGGCGCGGAACGAUAGUCUUUCUCCAUGGAGCUCCAACGCAGUCUUACAGCUAUAGAGUUGUUAUGUCUCAGAUUGCAGAUUAUGGAUUUCACUGCUUUGCACCUGACUGGAUUGGGUUUGGCUUUAGUGAGAAGCCACGGUCGGGGAAUGGUUUUGACUACACUGAAAAAGAGUUCCAUGAACAGUUUGAUAAGUUACUUGAUGUUCUUGGAAUCACAGCCCCUUUUUUCCUUGUAGUCCAGGGAUUUCUUGUAGGCUCAUAUGGAUUAACUUGGACCCUUAAAAACCCCAACAUUGUAUCAAAACUUGUGAUCCUCAACAGUCCAUUGACACCUUCAUCUCCCAUUCCUGGUCUCUUUCAACAGCUCAGAAUUCCAUUCUUGGGUGAAUUUACUUGCCAGAAUGCAGUAAUGGCAGAGCGCUUCAUCGAAGCAGGUAGCCCUUAUGUCCUAAAACUGGAGAAGGCUGAUGUGUACAGGUUACCGUAUUUGUCGAGCAGUGGUCCUGGUUUUGGUAACUGUCAUUCUUACUGUUACUUUUCCAUUAAUUUGGUUUUGCACAUUUAACCUUAGCUUGUCUAGCAGUGACUAGUGGAGUUGUAUUCAACUAAGUAAUUUCAUUUGAGUUGAUUAAAUCAUAGAACGUGAAGAUAUUUUAUGUACAUCUAUAUUCAAAUUGCGGACGAGGCAUUUUUUUUGUGCAAUGACAAUAAUGUUGUGAGCUUCAGCUCUACUUGAUGCGGUAAAGAGAGCUAAUUUCAAGGACAUCCAAAGCCAGAUAUCAUCUGGUUUUGCCUUUGGGAGUUGGGAUAAACCAACUCUAGUGACUUGGGGAAUAUCAGAUAAGUAUCUUCCACAAUCAGUGGCUGAAGAGUUUCAAAGGGGAAAUCCCGAAUUUGUCAAGCUUAAACUGAUUGAAGGUGCAGGCCAUAUGCCGCAAGAAGACUGGCCCGAAAAAGUUGUCGAUGCCUUGAGAUCAUUUCUCUAAGCGAUGGCUUCCCGGCAUAUGAUGAAAUGGUAUGAACUUCAUGUGUUUGUCCAACUAUGAGUCAUGAUGUGUGAGACCUCACUUGUGUUGUUGGAUCAUUUUGGGUGACACAUAUAUAUGAUCAAAUGUGGUUGUCGGAACUGGUAUUACAUUUAUUGUAUGGAUCAUUUUGGGUGACACAUAUAUGAUCAAAUAGUAUGAGACCAACAUUUUGCAACAAGCCAAAACAGAAAAUGGGAUAACAUAUGCUGACAUUGCACCAAUGUAUAUCACUCAUUGAUAAGUGAUGACUAAUUGGGCAAUUAGAGUUGAUGUCAAAUAAUUUUGGAAGUAAUGG